AUGACCGAGAUACGUACAGCUUCCCGGGAUAAGAUCCCCUUCCUCCCAGGAAACUCCAUUAGAGAUACAGCUAGAUCCGACUUCCGUCUUUGUCAAACCUUGGACUACAAAAACGGCUAUCCUAUUCGUCGCGUGGAGCUUCCUCCUGACCUCCAAUCACCAGAACAGCUAUUGAACGCUGCUGGGGCAGACCCAUGGAUAACUUAUGCAGAGCAGACGGGACAUGGUCGUCUUUCUAGAAGUGAGAGCAGAGGAGCGUCAGCAGCUGAAGAAGAACGCUUUGUUCCAGCGCACGUUGCAUUUGACAAAGUGGUUCUUCGUUUCGACGCAUACUUUAAACAAACCGUACAUGAAUCCAUUGAACAAUAUCAUCUUCGUCGUGUUCGUAUUCUGUACUAUGUCGAAGACGAUUCGAUCGCUGUUGUCGAACCGCCUGUCGAAAAUAGCGGUAUACCACAAGGAGUUUUAAUUAAGAGGCAACGCAUGCCCAAAGAUACUACCUCGUUUCUACACUAUCCGUGA